AUGGCUCAGUCGUCUCGUACUCGACUUUUGCGUGUUCCGAAACAAGAACAAGAAAUCCAUGUUAUCACAAAUCCAUCUGAUGGACGACACAGUUCUCCACAAACGCCGAAAUCGCGCGGAUCAUCUCGUCAACGUUUGAAAGAAGAUGAUUAUCAGGCACCACGUACUGCUUCUCGUCUUCGUCAGAAAUCUCACUGGUUAAUCGUCCGACGCAAUUUACAUCGAAUACGUUUUAUGGGCUAUAAUCAACGCGAGCGAGACACUAAUUUACCUGAUUUCUAUAUUGGUUUGCAGAUGAAACGUGAACUUAAACGUGCGCAAGAAGAAAUUCAAAACAUUGAUAAAGAGGAAAAUUUUCAUGCAGUGAAAAAUUUCGUCUUAGCUGUGGAUAGUCAACGUUUAAAAACGUACGAUACGAGUCAUGUGAAACCAAAUGAUGCACUCCUCUAUGAUCGACUGGGCGAAGAGCCGUUACCUUUACAAAAUCUACUUUAUUAUUUCAGUAAACAAGAAGUCGCACAUGGUACGGUUUUCUGGGAUUUUCUAAAUGAAGUUAACCGAGUUUUGCAUAUGAAAAGAAAACGAACAGUACUCGUCGAAAGAUUGAGAAAAUUAGCUUUGACAUUAUCGAUUAUUUGUUAUAUUAUUAUCGGCACAAUGUUUUUCUUAUUGAUUGUCAGUGCCAUAACAACAGCGACAAAAAUGAACGAUCCUGCAGUGAUAUGGUUAGAGUCCGAAGAAGAACAAUAUGCCACAAGUAGUUUUCUAAGAUUAUAA